UUCAUCGUAAUUGGCAACUCUGAAUUCUAGUUAUCAACUUGACAGCAACCUACUCAAGUCAGCUGACUAGUCUUGUGAGCAAAAUUCGAUUUUAGAAAGUCUUAAAAAAUUUGCAGAAAAUGAGUGGAAAAGAUAAACUUCCAAUAUUUCCAUCCAGAGGAGCCCAAAUGCUGAUGAAAUCUAGGCUGAAAGGUGCCCAAAAAGGUCACAGUUUAUUGAAGAAAAAAGCUGAUGCUCUCCAAAUGCGUUUCAGGAUGAUUUUGGGAAAAAUAAUUGAGACCAAAACGCUUAUGGGAGAAGUGAUGAAAGAAGCAGCUUUCUCUUUAGCUGAGGCAAAAUUUGCGACUGGAGAAUUCAAUCAAGUUGUACUUCAGAAUGUCACUAAAGCCCAACUCAAAAUACGUACUAAGAAGGAUAAUGUAGCUGGUGUUACUCUACCUGUUUUUGAAUGCUAUCAAGAUGGUACUGAUACUUAUGAAUUGGCUGGCUUGGCCAGAGGAGGUCAACAACUUGCAAAACUUAAGAAGAACUAUCAAAGUGCAAUUAAGCUGUUGGUAGAGUUGGCUUCAUUACAGACUUCUUUCGUUACUCUUGAUGAUGUUAUCAAAAUAACUAAUAGGAGGGUAAAUGCAAUUGAACAUGUGAUUAUUCCCAGAAUUGAACGCACAUUAGCUUAUAUUAUUUCUGAACUUGAUGAAUUGGAAAGAGAAGAAUUUUAUCGCCUGAAGAAGAUACAAGAUAAAAAACGUAUUGCUCGUAAGAAACUUGAGGAAGAAAAAGCUGCUUUAGGAAUAAUAGAAAGGGAGAUGGAGGCUGCGAACUUACUAGAUGAGGGAGAUGAAGAUAUCUUGUUUUAGUUUGUAAAUAAAGAUGGACAUUUUCUGCA